AUGAAAUACCAUCUUUUAUCUGAAGCCAAGAAAGCUCUGGAAUAUGUGAACCGAGUUGAGAAUAGUAAAUGCACUGGUGGUACUGAAGAUGUUCUGAAUCUGGUUUUUAAUACCACUGUUUGGAAGGCAUAUACCGACGCGGCUAUCCGCACCGCUAACAUACUUAGUUCCUUCAUCCAAAUACACGGCGAUUUAAACCAACAGGAAGAAGACUUUUUCUAUACAUUAGUAAGAAACAAUGUACACGGGGAUACUUUGAUAAUUGGAUCGGCGAUAGCUCUAGAGCCAGGGUUGUUCAACUCAUACCCGCGCUAUUGUCCGUAUGCUUUAAAAGAGAAUGGUACGGUGAAGGCGUUUGAUAUUGCUGUGAAUUACAACUAUUUGACUACAAGUACGGAAUGGUAUAAUGUGGUUCGUAGUAAAGAUUUUACUGCUGCUACUAUUAAAACAGAUCUGAUCACUUACAAUGAAUCCUCGGCAACUUUAACGGAAGUAGAAUUCGAUCAACCAACAGCUAAAUAUAACGAUGGUCAUUGGACGUUUCCAUAUUUUGAUUGUGGGGGUGGCAACAUCUGGAUGGUGACAUAUUCUUCACCAAUAUUUUAUAUCGAUACCAACCGCUCCAUUCUAUUCCGGGGUGUGGCUACCAUUGAUAUUGAAUUAACAAAUGUAGAUAUCAACCAAUGUGAUUUAGAGGAAGGUGCCACGAAGGGCGCCUUAGAUGUUUUUAGAGGAACUCACAACUGCCAGGCUACGACUAAGUGCGUACCAUUGCUUGGUCAAGGUUUCAGAAGAGGGGCGUAUUUAUGUGAAUGUCAGCGCGGUUUUUAUUACCCUGUAGACUCGCCUGUCAGGGCAUAUUCUGGUUAUGAGAUUGAAACCUAUGUAGACAAGUAUUUCCAGCAAGUUGAAAUACCAUUCCGUUGUGUGAGAUGUGCCAGAGGUUGUGAUAGUUGUGUUGAUGCUACACCAUGUUUAUAUCCCCUCGACAUUGGUAUACGAUUAUUCGUCGUUUUGUUUACUAUUAUAAUGAUUAUUGGUUGUGGAGUUGUUUCCCUUCUUAUCUUCAAAUAUAAACACGAAAUGGUAAUGAAAACGGCUUCUCCUAUAUUUCUUCAUCUGAUGUGUUUUGGUGCCAUUCUCAUGUGUUGUCAGAUAUUCAUUGCUUAUUUGGAGCCAACAGAUAUAUUGUGUAUGAUAGAGAUAUGGCCACUUCAUCUGGGGUUUUCUGUCAUGUUUGGUGCAUUAAUCAUAAAAACAUGGAGAAUAUCUGUAAUAUUUGGUGUUGGGUCAGUAAAGCGAGUAAAUCUCCCUGAUUCAGCCUUAUUAAAGCGGUUACUUCCCCUGAUAUUUGUAUUUAUAUUACUGAUAACGAUAUGGACUGGAACCAAUCCACCUCGUGUUGAAAUACUUACACUUACCAACUCACUCAAAUUCUACUCUUGUAGUGUCACUUGGUGUAAUUACACCAUGUAUGGUAUCGAGGCGUUAUUGCUACUAUUUGGUGUAUAUUUGUGUUUUACUGUAAGGAAAGCACCCGCUCAUUUUAAUGAAAGUAAACAUAUCACAUGGGCUGUAUAUAAUGCUAUCAUAUUGGGUAGUUUUAUCAUUAUUUUAACUCAGUUCAUGUCGGAGUCUGGAGGACCAGAUAUUUUAUAUUUAUUACUACUUGCUCAACUUCAAGUUUUUAUAACCAUUACCAUUGCUUUAAUAUUCAUUCCCAAGUUUUGGGCCAUACGAAAUGGUACACGACCGGAAGUAAAUAAUGGUGCGGUAACGACCAUAACUGGAAGAGUAAAGUCGCAAAUGCCAACGACAGUUUCCAAUAUGAGGGCAGAUGUGAGAAGUAUUGCAGUUCAAACGGACGACAUAACGUUAGAAAUGCCUUUAACGCCUUCAAAUUCAUUUAAAACAUCGAAGUAUUCAUCGAAAGUGUCACCAUUAUUGGAAGUCCCAGCAAAUAAUUAUACAAAUCCAGAACACGUCAACGAGCUCGAAACUACGAAUGACAAAACUCCAGAUAAAAUUGUGUAA